AUGGGAGCAAGGAUUAGAAGAGCGCUGGAGAGGAUAGAGAAAGAAAAAGAAGGAGAUAGGAAAGAGGGAAAAGGAUGGUGGGAUAAGGAGUGUAGAGAAAAGAAGAGACAAGCUAGGAGAGCAUUGAGAGCGUGGAGGGGAGUAGGAGAAGGAGACCAAACGUAUAAAAGAGAAAAAAAGGAGUACAAGGAGUUAUGUGAAAGGAAAAAAGAGGAGGAGAAUGGUAGAUGGGAGAGGAAGGCGGAGGAGGCCAGAACGGAGGGGCAAGUAUGGGAGAUUGUGAACAGGGAAAGAAAAAAAUGGAAAGGGAUUAAUAAGGAUAUAGGAAUGGAUGAAUGGGAAGAAUAUUUUCGGAAUUUACUAGGAGGAGUAGAGAGUAGAGUAGUUAAGGGGGAGGGAAGGGGAGGAAGAAUGGAAGAGGAAAGUGUGCUGGGAAAAGAGGAAAUUGCGAGUGUGUUGGGAAGGAUAAAGAAAGGGAAAGCAAUGGGGGUGGAUGGAGUGCCAGGGGAAGUAUGGAAGUAUGGAGAGGAGGAGGUGAAAGAAUGGGUAUGGAGAAUGUGUAACAAGAUAUGGAGAGGGGAGGGAUGGCCAGAGGAAUGGAAGGAAGGGGUUGUGGUGCCGAUUAAGAAGAAAGGAAGAGGGGAGGUAGUGGAGGAGUAA